AUGGAUGACGCGACUAGCUCGUUGGCUUCGUUAGCUACAAGCACACUUAUCGCUGCUACCGGCGCCCGAACCAUUCCAACCCCAUCGGGGGCACACACACUAUACUAUCAUGGGACAAAUUCUUCAAGUCCAGGGCAAGAUCCAAAUGAUGAAGGAGGAGAAUGCAAGCUGCUUGGUCCAUUCUCAGUGUUUGUUCAGGUUGCUCUUGGCAGCCUCGCAUUAUUAUCUCUAGUCUAUAAGAGAUGGAGAGAACGACCACAGCGCCCGGUGAAGAUCUGGGCCUUUGACGUCUCAAAACAAGUCUUCGGAUCUGUCAUGCUUCACAUGCUGAAUCUGGUCAUGUCGAUGUUCUCUGCGGGCCAACUGGAGAUUCGAAGCUCAUACAAGCCGAACCCAUGCUCGUUCUACUUACUGAACCUGGGAAUCGACACUACCCUCGGUAUCCCGAUUCUGAUCCUCCUUCUCCGCGUUCUCAAUUAUUUCGCAUCCUACACGCCUCUCGCAAACCCCCCAGAAUCGAUAGAGUCGGGAAAUUAUGGUCAGCCUCCACGCGUAACAUGGUGGCUCAAGCAGUCCAUUGUUUAUUUCAUGGGAUUACUCGGCAUGAAGAUAUGCGUGUUCUUCCUCAUCGAGCUCUUACCUUUCAUUGUCAAAGUCGGGGACUGGGCUCUAAGGUGGACAGAAGGCAACGCUGCUGUCCAAAUCUUCUUUGUCAUGCUUCUUUUCCCAGUCAUCAUGAACGCGAUGCAGUAUUAUAUCAUCGACAUAUUCAUCAAGAAACCGGUCUCACAAUACGUGGUGGACGACACUAUUGGAGAUGCUGUCACAGGUGAUGAUGCUCUCCGCCGGGAGGCUCUUCUUGCUGGUCUGGACGAGUCGUAUGCAACUGAUUCUGAUGAUGAAGAACCCGGGAAAUCUCCGACAACCGCCUCGCAACCAAAGGCUACUGCAGAUGCUCUCCAGGAAUCCGAGCAUUUACUUCCUGAAGAUCACAAUCCUGUCCCUCCUUAUGCGCCUCCGAGCUCGAGUAGCAGUGGUGACGAACAUGACCAGAAAGCUACUUCAACACAUCACUAA